CAGCCAGAGGGGACCCUACUGCUGCCAUCCUGCGAAGGGCAGCGCCUGGGCCCUGGGGGAGGAGCAGCCGGGCAGGUUCGCGGGCGCGGAGGGCGGACCGGCUCCGAGCCCAGAGGCUUUCGCCCGCGGGAGCGAGAACAGGCUGUAGGCGGCUCCUUCCUGUGCAAACUUUUCUGUCCUCUUCCUCCUCCCGCCCUUGCGACCAGUUUCUCGGCGCCCGGCGUCCAGCCUCCCUGCCCUCUGCGCUGCUUCGGGGUCGCGGCGCGCGGGGCAGCGCAGCCCUCGGCGCCGGGCCUUUCCCGUGCCCGGAGCCGGCGCCGCCAGAGCCGAUGGCUGAGGCGGGCAGGAGCCCCACGGAGCCCCCGGGGGAGCCACUGGGGCAGGUGGCGGCCGAAGCCCCUGAGACCGAGGCGUCUGUCCCGCCGCCAGCUCUGCGCAGGCUGCCCGGGGAUCCGAGCCCCCGCGGCCGCUCCCAGAGCGACCUGUCGUCCUGUUCGAGCAGGGGCCGCCCCCUCCGGGUCCACAUCUCCGGCUCAGUUGAUGGACUGGACAAAGCUUCGAUAGCAAACUCAGAUGGCCCAACAGCAGGUUCCCAAACACCUCCCUUCAAGAGAAAGGGGAAACUCUCCACCAUUGGUAAAAUCUUUAAGCCUUGGAAAUGGAGGAAAAAGAAGACCAGUGACAAAUUUAGAGAAACCUCAGCAGUAUUAGAAAGGAAGAUAUCCACAAGACAAAGUAGACAGGAGCUGAUCAGAAGGGGAGUUCUUAAGGAAUUGCCUGAUCAAGAUGGAGAUGUAACAGUUAACUUUGAAAAUUCAAACGGGCACAUGAUACCCAUCGGAGAGGAACCUACCCGAGAGGAAAAUGUAGUAAAAUCUGAAGAAGGUAAUGGCUCUGUAGCUGGAAAAGCACCACUUCUGGAGGAAAAGGCAGAAGAUAAGAAAGAGAACACUGAAAACCACUCUGAAACACCGGCAGCUCCUGCUCCACCUCCUUCAACUCUUCCUAAGCCUAAACCCAAACCUAAACCCAAAAAAUCACCUGUGCUUCCAAAAGGGGCUGCUGCUGGGGCCAGCCCCAAGGGUGAUGAAGUGCCUCCUAUUAAAAAAAAUACCAGGGCUCCUGGUAAGCAAGCCCCCGUCCCUCCACCCAAGCCAGCAAGCCGAAACACGACCCGAGAGGCUGCUGGUUCCUCUCAUUCAAAAAAAACAACUGGCUCCAAAGCAUCAGCUUCACCAUCUACUUCCUCCACCUCGCCUCAUCCCAAAGCUUCAAAGGAGACGGUUUCUAACAAAACAGGGCCUGUGGGAAUCACGAAGGGCAAGAAAAAAACUGGCAAGCAGCCAGCGUCUCGACCGUCCUCAGAUGCAACCACUUCUGGCACGUCCGAGCCUUCGGAGACCAGGGUGGAGAGUCUCAAAACUGAGCAGACUGUCCCUGGGACCGAGGAGCUAACCACAGGCAAAUCCAAGUCUGCCGUUCCUCCACACCCUGCGGCCCCUCCCCCACCACUCCCCGCCCCUCCCCUAGCUUCGGAGGAGAGUGCCUUGGACACUCCUGUUGUCCUGGUCAGCAAUGGAGCUGACCUGGCCAUCCCCACCUUAGACCCAAGUCAGCUUCUCUGGACUGAAGAGCCGACAAACAGAACCACUGUCCACUCAGGCACUGGCUUAAGUGUUAGCAGAGAAAAUGCAAAAUGUGUCACAACCAAAGACGAGCUGGGAAAGGCAGCACCUCAGCUACUGGCUCCCGGGCUGAUGGGAGAAUCCUUAGAAUCCUUCAGUGCCUUGGAGGACGAGGGCCAAAGAGAGUACCGGGCCAAUGACUCUGACUCCGAUGGGCCCAUCUUGUACACCGAUGACGAUGACUACGAAGAGGAUGAGGACGAAGAUGGUGGUGGAGAAAGUGCUUUGGCAAGUAAAAUCCGACGAAGGGAUACUCUUGCUAUCAAACUUGGCAACAGACCAUCUAAGAAAGAGUUAGAGGACAAAAACAUCUUACAGCGUACAUCUGAAGAAGAGAGGCAGGAAAUCCGACAACAAAUUGGAACCAAGCUCGUCAGGAGACUUAGCCAGAGGCCCACCACUGAAGAACUAGAACAAAGAAACAUCCUAAAACAAAAGAAUGAAGAAGAAGAACAAGAAGCAAAAAUGGAACUUAAACGCAGACUCAGCAGAAAGCUCAGCCUGAGACCCACAGUAGCAGAGCUACAAGCUCGAAGGAUCCUGCGGUUUAAUGAGUAUGUAGAAGUCACUGAUUCUCCCGACUAUGAUCGCCGGGCAGACAAGCCCUGGGCCAGGUUGACACCUGCAGACAAGGCAGCAAUAAGAAAAGAACUAAAUGAGUUUAAAAGCACAGAGAUGGAAGUUCACGAAGAGAGUCGACAGUUUACAAGGUUUCACCGUCCAUAAUGAAGUGCGAGACUCUGGAAACAUGGAGUGAUCAUGUUUGGGGGAAACCUCACUUCCUGAACACCUGAUAUUGCACUGGGAUUUGAAUGUGCGUGUUUCCGUUUCACUUGCGGCGAAGGAAGCACGUGGAAAGUGUUCCACACCUGUACGGCCCAGCUGGGGCCAACAAGCAAAAGGAUGGGUGCAGUGACCCUGCUGUACAGCAUGUGUAUUGAUGGUAAGGGACACCAUUGGUUAUACCAGUUACUCUUCAUCAGGGGUUUUAAUCAAAGAAGAUGAGCAGAAGACAAUCAAUCGCUGGCUCCCUGUUACUAGAAAGCCAAAUCUUAGAAUGCGGGUUUUAAAAGGAAAAAUGGGGAAUGGAAUGGUUGGGCACUAGAAGGGGGUGGGGGUUGAAAAUCAGAAGAAAAGAGAAAUAUUUCAUUAUGUUAAUGAAGAAAAGAGAAAAUUGAAGCAUAAAUGUAUUUCCAGGUAGGCUUUCAAUAGCUGAGAACUUAUUAAGGGGUUCGGGGAUCCAAUCAUCCAACACGGAUUCCUUAGAGACCUGAUCCUAGAAGAAUAUUCUUGUUUCACCAUUAUGUUGGUGCAGUAUAUGUUGUGCCAGUGAAUCCAGUUGCCAGAAAUGAGUCUGUGUUUUCAUGCAUCUUUUUCUUAAAUGCAAGAGGUUUUUACUGACUCUUAACAAGCAUGCUUACCCAAACUUUGUCGCAUGCUUUAAGUAGCAUAGCUAUACACACUUUACUUUUUUUUUAAUAUUCCUUACAUAAUGUACCAACCUUCCACAAGGAUAGCAGGACUAGGAAUAAAGUCAAAGGUGAUGUGAGCCUAUAAAUCUGUAACAAGCUUUAGAAAUUAAUCUUUUGGCCUUUCGCCAGUUCGAUUAUCUCCAAAGUCAAAAACAACCCUACUUGAUCUAAAGAAGAUAAUAGCAACAACAACGUCUUGUUUAAAAAUCUGAAUCCAAAAUUACAACUUAAGGAAAAUGCAAGUGUUCUGGCAGUAGUUAGCUCUGAAGAUGCAAAGGAGUACUUAUUUUCAGUGCCACAUUAAGUUGGAUUGCUGCUAUUAAAAAGAUAAAGCAUGUGGAUCAAAAAAUAAAAACCAAAACAAAAAACAACAACAACAAAAACACGUACCUAGAGGCUCAAAAGAACACAACAUUGACUUGUAGUGCAAAACAAAACAAAACAAAAAUCAGUUUAGAGUUAAGGAAGGUUUCCUUAUGAGCCUACAGUCAAUAUUGUUUACAUUAUGAAACCCUCUAUUGUUAUUUUCCAUGGAGUCACAGGCACAGCAUGGCUUCUGCUCCCAAAUACAUAUGACCAUAUGUAAAUACUUCCUUGCAUUUAAUUGUUCAUUCACAAUUGUUUUGUGCCUCUUUUGUUAAAAACACAUGAGAUGUAUAAUAACAAGACAAGACCUAAAUAGACUUUAUUUUAUUCUCAGAGCUUGGACUACAAUUUUCUGAAAUGAUUCUGGUCAUAAAAUGGAAGACUGUAAUUUUUUAUUUAAAACGAAAAGCAAACAUUUCAUCAGGUGAAUAAAUUCGGAUCCUGCCAUUUAUUGGUAUUUUAAAGAACCACUUGAAAUUGAAUGAUUUCACUUAAAAAAUAAAAACCAAAUAGCCCCACUUAGCUCAUGACAAAAAGCCAGGAACAUGGCCUCUUGCUGCCCUCAGCUAUGUGCAUUAAUAAAAUAAACCUAUAUUUCUGCACUGUUGUCAUUUCAUUAAUAGGAUGACAUUUUUUUGCUUUGAAAAAAUGUUUCUGUGUGUCUAAGUGUCUUUCUCUAGCUGAGGUUUCGUCUAUUUCAUAGUGUUUAAAUCCAGCCAUAGACAUUAAUUAUGUUCUAAUUCUUUUGCUGAAGUCAUCCUCUUCCUUAUUUUAUUAUCAUUUUAUUGUCUUGGGAAAAAUACCAAGGGAUGUAAUGUUAUUUUAAUUUUCUGUUCUUACGAUCUUUGAACAUUGUUUUGAUUUCUAAUCAGAAGGCCUCGCCUCCAUAAAAAUGGUAAAUAUAAUACGUCACCAUUUUAUCACAAGAUACAUGCCAUAGAAAGUCUCUAUUUGGUUGAUAAAAGGAACAUUUUUUUCCCACAAGUGGUGCAUGUGAUGCAAUUUUUUAUUCUCUGCAAUGAGAUGCACCCAGUACAAAAAUGAGAAUUUAGUCCCUCAAUAUAUUGUUUUUCCUGUAAGUUAUAUCAGAUUUAUGAACUUUCCACAUUUUUUCUUCAUCCUGAUUUACAUGCUUAGAAAAAAGUUUAAAAGACGUUUAAAAGUCAAAAAAAUUAACAACUGCUAGUCUAAUAUUUAAGGAUUGGAACCACCAGUUAUUUCAUUGGAUCAGUUCUUUAAAUAAAAAGCUGUGAAAAAGAUUCGAAGCAUCAUGAACUAAGAUAUAUUUUUCAGAAUAAGGCUCUAUUUUAAUAACUAAUUCUCCAGCAGCCCAUCCAGAGGUCUCUUGCCUGGCAGCCCUGAAAGACCGAGAAAAUGCUGUCCCCCCUCCCCACCCCCCCGCAUAAUUAUGCCUCUGCCUGAGCGUUUCUGCAAUUUCAGCAUUUCUACAAGCCAACCAAUAAGCAGCAGUUCUAUAAAGAAAAUAAAUGUGCAUGAAUCGCGUUGUAACACAGCUCCCUAUUUAAAAUGUAACAUUAAGCUAAUAUGGAGGAAGUGCGUGGGUUUUCCUGAGCCCUCGAGAUAUGAUUAAGGGAAAAAACACACCCAUCUCCAGGAAGGUCCCAGGCAGGAAAGAACCAGACAGACUGUAAAAACCAAAGUGGUCGUUUUCAUUUUUCUUAAAAUAGAGAAAAGGAAAAUAGAGGAAAGGUAGUGAGAAGAUGGCACGGGGUUUAUUAGCAUCUUUGUGGUCAUUACCAAUCAAUCUGACAAAAUUAAAUAGCUGGUGACAGCAUUAAUUUAAGGCGGUCCUGCCUAAAAUUGCCUGUGUAUGUGAAAUGUCUUGCAUUUUUUAGGGUUGAUAUAGUUCACCCUUAUAUUAAUUUCUUAAAUUGUUUAAAUGAAAUCUAUAAUAUUCAGAGAACCAAUUUUGGUAUUUCAAUAGCUGUUUUAAAUGGAGGAAAAAGCAAACUCAUCUAUCUCUCUGAUUUACCCAGCAAAAACGGACUUUCUGGUUUCAUUGUCAUAUCCUUUAUUAGCAUAAUGAUUGUUAACUCAUCUUUCUCUGGUAUUAAUAAAUAUAUUUUGUAAGUAGGAAGUUUUGAUAUGUAAGUGAAAAAGGAAUUGAAAACACCCUUCAAAAAUGAUCCAAUCUUAAAGAUGAGAGAUAAGUCCUUAAAACUCAUAAUUCAAGAUAUAUACCCUGCAAUUAAUUCAGUGCUGCAUUGGCACUUUUUAAAAAAAGAGUAACUUAUAGUUAAAAGAGAAAAAUCUGCAUUAACACGAAUAUCCUAAUAUGUACCGCAUUUUAACACAUAACAAGCAUUGUAUUUAUACUUAAUGGAAUCAGACAGAUACAACUUUCAAAAAUUAUACUGUAUUCAUGAUACAAAAAGACAGCCUUGUCUACCACAUAGUUGUAUACACACAUUUAAACAGUGAAACCUUUCUUUUCUUCCUUUCUUCCUGAAAAUUUUCUUCAAUCUGUCAUUAUUUUUGAAGUGGUCUCCACAGCACAUUUCACAGAGUAAGAAAUCUCUUAGAGUAGGCGAGAGGGAAUCGAACUAAUACAAGAUAUAUAAAUUUAUGUCACUUCCUCAGUGUGGUAGCUUAAGCAUUCCUAUAUUUCAACCAUAUCGUUAAAUCUAACUUACUAGUAAAAGUAUAUGCUUGGAGACAAAGAUGAAUUUCUUCACAUCAUGACAGUAAGCUGCAACCACUAAGGAACCACUCAGAUGUAGUUAUUGACAAAGUUGUCUCUGGUCUUCUUGGCCUCUUGAAAUAGCUAAUCUUCCACAAUUGAGUAUUUGCUCUCUACUCAUUGUUUUAUUUGACAAAGCAGAGUGAACUUCUAGAAUUAAAAAUGUGCCCUAGAGGGGAAUAGAAUGGCAAAAAUAAUCAUCAAAUUAAUAAGACCAUUUUUCUGAAAAAAAGCACAUCUCCAGAUACUUCAAACUCAGGUUUCACAGAGCAGCAUGAGGCUCUAUUUAGCAGUGACCAAAGGGUGAUGGGAACAAAGGCAUAAUACUCCCAAACCAUUCUCAUUUUUUUAAAUCAUUAAGCUUUUAGUCUGUAUAAAAAUGUGAACCACUGUUAGCAUUUCUAGAAAACAACCAAAACAUGAUCCACUUAAGCUUUUUCAAAGACAAGGUCAUCCCAUUUUAACAAAUCUCAUUGUAUAUGCUGUAAGAUUUCUGGCAAAAAAAAAAAAAAAAUGAAUAAUCCUGUGGCAGUCAUUCUUACUGAAGGCCAAACCCUAUAGGCAACGGUCAUCUUUAGCUAUGCCAGGAUUUGCUGCGCGCGCGCGCGCACACACACACACACACACACACACACACAAAUGUCAUUUAGCUAGUCACAUUGCUAGCACAGCUGUGUAUAAGAGCAAAGCACUAUGGAAUGAUGUUUCUCAGUGGUGGUGCUGUUGGCAUUUGGAGUUGGGCCAUUCUUUGUUGUACAAAAAUGUCCCACACCUUACAAACUGUUCACUAUACCAGACUCCUGCUGACUAAAUGCCAGCACCACAUGCCUGUCAUCGUAAACACCAAACAUAAAGAGCCCCCGCCCCGUGUUCGAAUGCCCUCCUAGACGGGAGGUACCACCUCCCUUGAAUACCACUACGUACUGCAGUUUUAGGACACACAGGUAGAAGUGUCUGUCUCAAAACACCAUCUCGGCUGCCUUGCACUUCUAUGGGCCCUGGCUCCUUUCUUCCCCCUUCAUUUCAAGCCUUCCGUUUCGAUGCAACUUAAAUUUGCUAGUUGUUCAGGGAGCACGUUCCUGGGCAGCAUGGCUGUUCUAAUGGGCAUACUUACUUGGCUAGUCCCUGUACAUGCCUAGAGGAGAGAUUUCACAUGAAGCAAACUUUUUCCUUUUUUGGCUUCACCAUUUUACUCAUAAUUCUCAGUGUCGCGAGAAUCGUUGCAUGACUUAACCACAAACACGAUGGCAGACAAUCCACAUAAACAAAACCCAUGGUCCAUGAAUAUCACCAUAAGAUUUCACCUGGUAAGCUGCAUCCCAUGAGUUCCAAAACAAUCGCCUGUUUAUCCUAGUAAAGAAGCAUUUAAUCCACAUGCAAAAGUUUGAAUUCCCCCUGUAUAAAUAUAGCCAUGUGGUUCAUCUUUUCUAAGAUAUGUGAAUAUUGAAUUAUGAAAGAAACGUGGAUUAACUGUGGAUUGCAUGCACAUUGUUUAUACUUCAGUGAUGAUCAUGAACAAAACACAAUGAGUUUUACUGAGGUGAAACAUAAUAAAACUAUACUAACAAUACAUAAACAUACUAAUUCUCUUUGUUGCUUUUUAUCACCAAAAUUGAAUGGCAAAUAUGUCUUGAAAUUAUUUGGAUGAAUUGUGGCUAAUGGAAUUAAUUUAGCCACUAUAAUUUUUUUAGAUAUUCAUAUUUCUAAAUAUCUUUUUUGAAACAAAGCAACUCAAAGUUGAUAAAGAUGGUUAUAUUGUGAACUUUUCGAUGGUGCUUAAGAAUUCAUGUCUUGUUAAAUACCAGUUUUGUUUUUUUGUUGUUGUUUUUUUUUAAGAAUAAAUUGAAAGGAGUAAAUGAGGCAGAAUACCACUCCACCCUCAGGUCAAUUUUAUGGUAUGUUAAAAUGCCAAUAAUAUUUAUACCACUUGCCAAUUUGGGGGGCUUUUCCCUUACCAAAUGCUUUCCUUAUAGUUUCUAUCAUUACAUCGCUUACAGAGCUUCCACAAGAAGUCACCAUUGUAAUACUACCUAGCGUUCUAAAACAAUCUGCAUGAAUCUAGGGUCAAACCACUUUCAUUACAUAAAAUAUAGGCACUAAUUUUUUUUUAUAUUUUUAAAUAUUUCUUCUGUGGCUUAGAAAUGUGCCAAUGUGUUCAAAACAUUCUGCACCAAUUUCACCAGAUUUAGUACCUACCAAAAACUCAGUCAUUUUUUUCUCUGUAUCAUUAUUAGGUAAAGAACAAUAUUCAUUCCUUUGUUAUUUCAAGCUUUGGUUAAACUGAUAAGGGUGGUAAGCUGUGAUCAUUAUCAGACUGACUCAUUUCCAGUGAGUGAUCUAAUCCUACAUAUUACACAGGUAUAAUAUCUGUGAGUGUAUAUAACUGGAACUGUACACCAAUUAACAUAACAGUUUCUCUUUUUCAUUGUUGUUUUUGAUCUGUACUGUAUUAUAGUAUGUGGGUAUAAAUAUCUACAAGUAUACACACACAUGUACAUGUAUUCCACUAUUAUAACCUGAAAGAAAGACUAUGUAUUAUCUUUUUUAUUCUGUACUGAUGUUUGUGUUAUUUAAGAAGCAAAAUUAUGCUCUAUUUAGUUGUAUAAUAUUAUAAGAUACUUUGCUGUGCACAAUUCCAAGUGCCUUAGAACAUUGUUUAGCUUUCUUAAGUAUAUAUAAAUGCAUAUAUGUAUAAAAUUGGGAAAAGUUACCUCAAUAAAAUCAUUGGGAAACCCC